CUGACCACGCAUCGCACUUUAGUUUAGUUGACUUUAAGAAUUCAACCAUGAAGUGUUUAAAAACUAUUUUUUAUAAUUAUUAACAGGCGUACUUAAGGAAUAAGACGCGCGUAGUUUAGUUCGUAAAAUGUUGCCUUUACUUUUGACUUUGUUUUUCACAAGUGCAAGAUGCAGUACGUCAAGAAAAGGAAGAGACACUUAUUUAGCCGCCUAUAAGGACUCUCAUGGUGGUAGUGUUAAUGUAAUUGAUAAGGGAACUCAAAUUGAUAGGGGACCUCUUCCUAGCGGACCCAGUGGUUUUGGGGCGCCGCAAAAUCCGUAUCCUGGUCCUGUUCAAAAUUACGGACCACCUCAACAGAAUUACGGACCCCCUAGACCCCCGGUUUAUCAGCCACCCCAACCCACUUACGGACCACCAAUUCAACCCUUCUACGGUCCUCCUCCUCAGCCUGUGUAUGGUCCACCUCAACCUGUAUAUGGACCCCCUCAAAUACAUGUUUAUGGACCUCCACCACCCCCACCAAGUAACGGACAUUCCCCAGUGCAUGUGCAUAAUUAUCCACCGCAAGUAAAUUUUCCAAAAACAUACGGUUUGUCAGGAUUAAUAGAGAAGUUCAAGCUUAAGCUCAAUAUUCUGACGAUUUUAAAAAUCCUAUUGAAAAUAGCGCUCUUUAAAAAGCUUGUAGCCUUUAUGGGGAUAAUAUUUUUGCUUUUGUUCAUCCCUUGGAUAAAAGACCACGCUAUACACCCCACCGAAAAUAAUGGAGGAAAUGGGGGUGAUAUUAUUGAUGAACCUGAUGAAAUGAUGGAGUACAAGAAAUUUAGCAACCAACCUUCAGAUUUUUACUUAAAUAAUCUAGCAGGGUAUGUUCACGAAGCUUUGGAUAAAUUUGGAAAAAUUAAUAACAGAGAUAAGAACUGCGAGUCGAUAUAUUGCAAAGUUAUUAAAAUAGGGGAUGGAAUUAACCAGACGAAUUCUUCUGCAAAAUUGGCAAAGGCAUAUCUUCAGGAAGAAUAAUAGUCAAGAAGCUUUGUGAGAAGUUACCACUGUAAAUUACAUGUAUAGCUACGUUAAAACUACGAAACAACUAAUUGCUAACAAAUUAUUUGACUUAUUUAUUUAUUUGUACAGACAAUAAAGACAUACAUAAAGAAUUAAUAGUAUUUCCUUUAAUAGCAAUUGAAUUAUUUUGUGUGUACUGAUUCGAUAACAAAAAGUAUGAAUAUCUUGUUUAUUUUAAUUGCAAAAAGAGAGGCCACAGUCGCUCCUACGGGCUGGUAAAUCAAAGUCGAUAUUAGUGUAAAGUGAAGGUACAAAUCUUGCAUUCAAGUUCGGGUUUGUUUCCCCAGGAGCAUCGGACCUCCCUCGACCGAGUAUCUUUUAUAAUGUGCUAUAUUCUACUUUUCAGUUUUUUUUCGUGGUGAGAGCUAAUGUUGUAAAUUACAUAUUUACUAAAUAAGCACUUACUUUUAGCUAAACGUGCUCUAC